AAAUUGGUUCAAGGUCGAAGGUGAAAAAAGUGAAAAGUGGGUUUUUUUUUUUUUUUGGUGACCCAGUCAUAUAAAAAGCGAGUCGUAACGGAUCAUUCUUUCAUAUACGCCGAAGAGAAAAAAGCAACAACUUUGAAUUCAGGCAGCAAAAAGUUUGAAAAAUAGUUUAAUUUAUUAUUUGCUUGGCAUACGAACUUGGUUGAGUGUCCUUAAAUAAUAUGCUGAUUAUUCGAAAGUGUAUUCAUCAUUAAAUAAAAACAAAGUGAAUCAUUUGUUGAACAUUAAUCAAUCUUAAGCCAGUAUGUCCACAAAUAAAAUUCACACUUUGGGAGCUGUCAAAAGACGUUGGCUGUUGGUUUGCCUAUUGUCCAGUUUUGCACUUGGUUUACUAAGCACAGCUGGUGCUAAGCCUACAAUCACCUUUUCAUUACCACAAAGUCUACAAGGCUUUCCUUCCUUCACUACAUUGACACAGCAAUACAUCGAGGACCGUAGUGUACGACAAAUGAAGAGCUAUAGUGGAAAACGUUUAACGAAUGAUUCACUCUUAAUGAUUUACUACCAUGACUCAACGGUGGCAGUCACGGAAUUGGGUCCAGAGAAACUACUACUUAGUUGUGAAUUAAUCGAAAUAUACAAUGAAAAUGAAGGUAAAACGCUUUUGGAGAAUCUCUCAAAAUAUAAUCGUCCAUUGAUGAUAACAUUUGAAGAAAUGCUUAAACUAAUGUCACAAUGUGAACGAGUAGAUAAAUUGACAUAUGAAGCGAGAAAUCGUGGUAAGUCGGCAGACUCCACGAGCACCGCCAGCACCAACACGGCAUUGAGUUUGGCAACAAACAUAUUUCCAAAAAGUCCAUUUUCUAUAUUAAGUGGCAUAAUACCAGGUACUAAAUGGUGCGGUACGGGUGAUAUUGCGGAAACAUACGCCGAUUUGGGUACUGAAAUGACAAUGGAUCGUUGUUGUCGUCAACAUGAUUUGUGCCCUGUAAAAAUACGCGCUUAUCAAAAAAAAUUCGAUUUAAUGAACGAUUCUAUAUAUACAAAAUCACAUUGCAUUUGCGAUGAUAUGUUAUUUUCCUGUCUCAAAAAAACUAACACAUCGGCAUCACAACUUAUGGGCUCAAUAUAUUUCAAUUUGGUACAAGUACCUUGUUUGAAUGGUGCGAAUAAUAAAUAUUCAUUUCGAGCGGCAAAAGAAGGUUUCUAAAUGAUGAUUUAAAAAUUUAAAUGAUCAUUAAUUGCAAUUCCUGUUGUUAUGAUCUUAAUAAUAUAACUAACAUUCUGUAAAAUGUUUGUUAACUAUUGUAAUUUAGCUUCUUAGUUUGUAUAUUUGUUGUAAAAUAUUGUUGCAUAUGGUAGUACUCUAA